GGAUGUGAGUAUAAGUAAGGAGGGGGAACACCUAGGUGUGACUUUUCAUCACAAACAACAACCAAUUAUCCUUGUAGUCUUUGCAGAAUGGAGGUUUUGCUAGUUGUCACCGCUCUCAUGGCUCUGGCCAAUGUAGACAGUUUGACUCUAGAUCUGGAGUUUCAGGAGUGGAAACAGAAGUUCGGGAAGAUCUAUAAGUCUGUGGAAGAAGAAUCUCAGCAUAAGAAAACUUGGCAGGAAAAUCACAAGCUGGUCAUGAAUCACAACAUUCUGGCUGAUAAGGGCAUUAAAAGCUACAGACUCGGCAUGAACUACUUUGCAGACAUGAGUAACCAGGAGUACAGACAGUCUGUGUUUAAGGGCUGCCUAUCCUUCAACAGGACCUUGAACCACAGUGCAGCUACAUUCCUCCGACAGGUGGGAGGACCUGCUUUGCCGAAUACUGUGAACUGGACUCAAAUGGGCUAUGUGACUGAGGUUGAAGAACAGAAACAAUGUAACUCAUGCUGGGCCUUCAGUGCGACAGGAGCGCUGGAGGGUCAGACAUUCAAGAAGACUGGGAAACUGGUGUCACUCAGCAAGCAACAGCUUGUAGACUGCUCUAAAAAAUUUGGGAACAAUGGCUGCAAGGGUGGCUUGAUGAACUGGGCUUUUGAAUAUGUGAAAGAAAAUGGAGGACUGCACACAGAGGAGUCUUACCCCUAUGAAGCCAAGGAUGGAUCUUGCAGAGAUAAUCCAGGCACUGUUGGAGUGACAUGCACUGGCCAUGUGCAGAUAAACAGUGAAGAUGAGAAUGCUUUGCAGGAAGCUGUGGCCACCAUCGGACCCAUUUCUGUUGCCAUAGACGCAAACCACACAUCCUUCCAGCUGUAUGAAUCAGGUCUCUAUGAUGAACCUGACUGCAGCUGCACUGACAUGAAUCAUGGUGUCUUGGCUGUUGGUUACGGCAGAGAUGAUGGAAAGGAUUACUGGCUGAUUAAGAACAGCUGGGGUAUUAACUGGGGUGAAAAAGGCUAUAUCAAGAUGUCCAGGAACAAGAAUAACCAAUGUGGUAUUGCUACAGCAGCCAGCUAUCCUCUGGUUGUCAAUAAAACUCAAUGUGUUCAGUGUGAUGUUUGCUCUUCCAUCUUUGUACUGGGAUGCAUAUUGUGGGGUAUGUUUAACUGAGUAAGUGGAAUGCAUUGUGUAAAUACAAAAAUGGACGUGAAUGGGGAAAAUAUUAAAUUUGUCAAAUUGGU